CCAGGGUCGGAUCUAAUAGCGAAAUCUAUAACACGCAAUUCAUCGGUUAUCAAGAUCAUAACAACAGCUCUAGUCAAAACGGCAGAUGACUACUUUGUUGCGGAAAGCGAGUGGGGCAAUGGAAGUCGGUCUGAUCUUGUUUUGUCACCUCGUUCGUCAUCUUUUCAGCUCGCGCCUAUCAUCAUAGAGUUUCAAUGUCGGGUGGACAAGAAAUUCAUGAAAAGAUUGAUGAUGUACUCUUUACAAGCGUAUCGACGUUACGAAAAGGAUCCAAUCAUACUCAUUAUUUGUAGCGGUACUUUGUCCGAUGAUGUAGCGAAUCUUCUUAAAUCGAGUGAUGUUCUUGGUUGUAGGCGCUAUCUAUGUGAAGGCUGGGGUGCAAAGUGCCUUAUCAUGGCUAAGGAAAGUCUCUCGUCACUCACAGCUUCGGAGAAACGUGAGCCAUUUGCCAGCUUUGGACUUUUUCUCACACAGUCAAUGCCGUUCAGUGAGCUUUCCAGCGACGAUGAGACAACAAAAAUGCUGCAGUCACUAGCCGUUGACCACUACAUGUCUUUAAUUGGAAAUGAAGCCCACCUCAUCGACUUUAUAAAAGGAGUACUCGACAAGCAAGAGAUAUUCUAUAAUAAGAUACUCGCUCUCGCUGAUGAUGAUGAUAAACCAAGGUUACGUGAAGCUAUC